AAAAAAACACCCCCCCACGCCCCCCCCCCCGACACAACAGAAACCCGGCCUGACUCCUGCAGCACCAUGCCGUGCAGGCUGCUCGGCCUCUGCAAGUAUGAAACUAACAAGCUGGUCCGGAUCCAGAGCGUCCGGCUCGGCUCUCUGAAGUGGAUUCUGAACGGAACCAUUCUGCUGGUUAUCUGCAUCAUGCUGUUGUGGAACAAGGAGUACCAGCAGUUCGACCUGGUGGUGAGUUCUGUCACCACCAAGGUGAAAGGUGUGGCCCGGAUGCACCUGCCCGGGGUUGGGGACGUGGUCUGGGAUGGGGUGGACUACAGCGGACCCGCACAGGACAAAAACUCUUUCUUUGUGGUGACCAAUGUCAUUGUGACAAAGAAUCAGAAGCAAGGAAACUGUCCAGAGGUUCCCCUUAAAGGCAGACUGUGUCGGACUGACAAGGACUGUAAGAAAGGAGACUGGGACCAGCUCAGCCAUGGGAUUCAGACGGGAUCAUGUGUGAAGUUCGAUGUGUUAAAGAAAACCUGCGAGGUUUCUGCAUGGUGUCCCGUCGAAACCAAGACAAACCCUCCGAGACCUGCUCUGCUGGCAGCAGCGGAGAACUUCACCGUCCUCAUCAAAAACAACAUCAGAUUUCCAGCUUUCAACUACAUCCGGAGGAACAUCCUCCCGGAGAUGAACGGCGCCUACCUGAAGAGCUGUAAGAGGGAAAACGACUCCCUGUGUCCGAUCUUCAAACUGGGAGACAUUGUGCGAGAGGCCGGAGAAAAGUUCUCUGAAAUGGCGAUAGAGGGGGGCGUCAUCGGCAUCCAGAUCAAAUGGGACUGCAACCUGGACCGGCUCAUGAGGCGCUGCCUGCCCAGAUACUCCUUCAGACGUCUGGAUGAGAAAGAGAGCAACAGGACCCUCUACCCCGGCCUCAACUUCAGGUACGCAAAGUACAACAUGGUGAACGGAGUGGAGGAGCGAACGCUGUACAAAGCAUUCGGGAUCAGGUUUGAUGUCAUGGUGUUCGGACAUGCGGGGAAGUUCAGCUUCAUUCAGCUCAUCAUCUACAUCGGAUCAACGCUGUCAUACUACGCUCUGACGACAGUGCUGCUCGACUGGCUGAUCGAAACCAGCUGCUACUCUGCAGAAGUCGGACAAAACUACUCGGAGAAGAAAGUGGAGUCGGUCCAAGACAAACAGAAGUGCAUCCUGUGUGUGUCCUAUGUUGAUGAGAACAACAUUCGACUGGUGAAGAGAUCACAGAAGAAAAGUUUACAAGACGUCAAGCCGAUGUUGGUUCAGCCACGCAAGGAGGACACGGGACACCUGAGAGCCGUGCUCUCUCUGCUACAGCCGGACAACGGCGUGGAUCACGACGCUGAGCCUCCUGACGCCCCUAAACCCGACCUGAACGACAGACCAAGUCGUCCAGCCUGGUGUAAGUGUGACCGCUGCUCUCCGUCGUCUCUCCCUCAGGAGCAGCUGUGCUGCCGGCGGAGCGACGGCGCCUGCAUCACCACGUCUCCUCUGUUUGAGCGGCUGGUGUUGAGCCGCUCCCUGCUGGAGGCCGUGCUUUUGUACCGGGACCCUCUGUGUCCGCUGGCUGAUCGGGGUCAGACCGCCGACCUGCGUCACUGUGCCUACACGCAGUACAUCAGCUGGAGGUUUGGGGUCCCACCGGAGGACACCCACCCUGCCGUCCCCAGCUGCUGCGUGCGGAGAAUCAGGGAGAAGUAUCCGAGCCCGGACGGACAGUACGGCGGCUUCAUGCCAGCCAGGACGGCGUCCAUGCAGGCCUGCGCUAACGGAGAGCUGUGAGAGGAGUGUUUCCUCCCUCCGCUCACUGACCUACUAACAGUGUCUUUAUGUUAAAUCUGCCUUACAAAGCAAAAAAAAAUGUAAUAACUUCACUCAGCUUGGUGUAAAAAGAAAAUGAGUCGUUUUUGUCAGCUUGUGUCGGGUCAUAAAGGGAUGAAAAGGAGGAAGAAAAACCUCACAAGUCAAUGAAUCACUGCGUUUCCAAAGAUCAUCUGUCAAGUCGUUUGGCUGCUCAGUAAAAAAAUAUCUUUGAAGCAAUUUUUCUCCGUUUUACUCUCUUUAAGCAGCUUUUUUACCUUUAUAGGGAAGAAACAGCAUUUUUAACAGCACUAACAUUUCUCCUGCCAGGAAUGUGUUUGCAUCCGUCAUCAUAUGGAAGGAUGAAGGUUUUUGUUCCGAUAUGGGAUAGAUAAGCAUCGCUACUUCAAACCCUACAUGGGUCAUAGCAAACACCUCUAUCUAGACUAGAUUUUAAAUGAUGAUGCCAAAGAAAUGUAAUAAAAUGUGCCUAUUUUUUAUGUUUCUCUGUCAGCUCUGUGUGAAAAUGGUGCCAAAUGAUCACACCUGAUCAAUACCUGAUCACACUUCAGGUAUUGGUGAGACGAUUAGAGUAUGAGUAACGAGCAUC